AUGUCGUCCCCUAAGCCAAUCGCCCAAAAUGACUCCAUCCAAGCAUACGUCUACGUCCUAUCCCCCCAUAAAGUCGACUUCCCAGGCCAACCCGACACAGAAUCCUUCGAAUUCUCUCCCACCGCAUUCACCCUAAUCACCACACAAGACGGAGCAGUCCUAGUCGAUUCGCCAACUACACCUAGUCAAGGAGAAGAAGUAGCGAAAUGGGUCAAGUCAAUCAUUGCGGACAAGAAGCUCGCCUACAUUUACAUCACUCACGGUCACGGCGAUCACUUCUUCGCCGCGGAAGUCAUCCAGAAAUAUUAUCCGGAGGCCCGCCUUCUGGCAACUCCGCAGACAUACGCCCAGAUGCAAGAGAAUCUUGAUAAGAAGACUUAUGAGGGAUUAUGGGUUGCGACGACUCCGGAGUUGAGAAAUAAAGCUCCUCCGGAAGUACAAGUGGAUAUACUAAAGGGCGACAAUACUUUUGUUGUUGGAGGUCACCGGUUUCACGUCUUGAGUCUUCCUGGUGGUGAUAUUGGCGAAUCGACUGUGCUGCAUGUACCUGAUCUCGAACUCGUCGUGGCGGGAGACGUCGUUUACGGGAGCUGUUAUCAAUUCUUUGGCCAGGCACGAACUACUGAAUUGCGGAAUAAUUGGCUACAGUCUAUUGAUCAAGUUACUCAGCUGAAGCCAAAGGUUGUGGUGCCAUCUCACAUGCAAUCGCAUGAAGGGUUCAGCGCAGACCACAUUGAAGAAACGAUAAAGUACAUUAAAGCAUGGGAAGAGCUUGAUGCUGCGACAAAUACCUCGCAGGAGCUGGAAGAGGCUGUGAGCCAGAAAUACUCUAAUAGAAUCGGGAGCUUUAUUCUCCGAUUCUCGUCUCUGGUUGCAAAGGGGGAUAUGCCAGGUCCGUAA